UACCCAACAAAUCCUUUCUCUUGGAGUAUAAACAAAACCUCCUCCAUUUUUAAUAAACCCUCGUAAGCAAGCGAACUCUCCAUUAAAUUCCCAUCUGUAUCAGACUGUCAGGGUAUUAAAUUAAAUUCUGCAGGGCUUCAUCUCUUUAGGCUUUACAUUCCAAAAAAAUUAAAAAAUUACAAAAAAUCCACCACUUAUUUCUACUGAAGAAAAUGGGGGCUUAUAGCAACGAAGAACUCCCACUGCCUCCAGUUUCCGAUUUUUCAAAUACCCGACUAUCCAAACACGUUCACGAUAAUGUCCACGGCAACAUUUACCUCGAUCCGCUCUCUUUAAAGUUCAUUGAUACAGAGCAGUUUCAAAGGCUGCGGGACCUUAAACAACUUGGUGCUGCGCAUAUGGUUUAUCCUGGGGCUGUGCAUUCCAGGUUCGAACAUUCUCUCGGCGUGUAUUGGCUUGCUGGUGAAGCUGUUCAAAUGCUCAAAAAGUACCAGGGUUUGGAGCUAGGUAUUGAUAAUUUUGAUAUUCAGACGGUGAAACUUGCAGGACUUCUACAUGAUGUGGGUCACGGUCCCUUCAGUCACUUGUUUCAAUCCGAGUUUCUCCCUCUGGUUAUGAAUGGCACGGAAUGGUCGCAUGAGCAAAUGUCAACAAAAAUGGUUGAUCAUAUUGUUGAUAAGCACCAUAUAGACGUUGACUCUGACAUGAUGAGAAAAGUUAAGGAGAUGAUACUAGCUAGCUCAAGAUCAGCACCAAAAAAUGAUGCAGGUGAGAAGCGCUUUUUGUAUGAUAUUGUUGCGAAUGGUCGAAAUGGAGUUGAUGUGGACAAGUUUGAUUAUAUUGUCCGUGACAGCCGAGCCUGCGGUCUGGGAUGCAGUUUUGAGUUUCAGAGGUUGAUGCAGACAAUGCGAGUUAUGGGUGAUGAGAUUUGUUAUCGUGCCAAGGAGUAUCUCACUGUCCAUAAGUUGUUUGCUACUCGCGCGGAUCUUUACCGUACAGUUUAUGUUCACCCAAAAGUAAAGGCUAUAGAGCUGAUGAUUGUAGAUGCCUUGGUGGAAGCAAAUGAUUAUCUGCAAAUUUCAUCUUUCAUUGAAGAUCCUUCAGAAUACUGGAAGUUAGAUGAUUCAAUAAUCAAAACUAUUGAGACAGCUCCAAACCAACAACUAAGGGAAUCCAGGAAUUUGAUCCGACGCAUACGCACGAGAAAUCUUUACCAGUUUUGCAAUGAGUAUGCUGUUCCAAGGGACAAGAUAGAAAAUUUCAAAGACGUCACUGCACAGGAUAUUGUUUGUUCCCAGAAAAAUGGUGGGGUGCUACUGAAGGAGGAGGAUGUUGCUGUAAGCAAUGUGAGGAUUGAUUUGACUCGUGGAAGGCAUAAUCCUCUUGAAAGAAUCAGUUUUUUCAAGGAUUAUGAGAGUGAAGAAAAAUUUUCUAUACCUGAUGAUCGCAUCAGUCACCUGCUGCCUACAUGCUUUCAAGAUAUGAUAGUCAGGGUCUACGCCAAAAAGCCUGAACUGGUAGGAGCAAUCUCUGAGGCUUUUGAAAACUUCCAGCUAAACGAGUAUGGGAUUAAGGCGCAAGUACAUGCAACUCCAGAGAAGAAGAAACGACGAAUGUAAGGUUUAACGAAGUGUUGAUUGUCUGUCCAUUCUAUCUAGCAAGGAAAAAUGAAUGUAAGAUGAUUUAUGUUUUUGAAAAUGUUGAGGGAACAUAAUAUACCUGGUUAAUAGCGGAAAGCAGUGUAGAUCCAGGUAUCCCUGUACCCGCAUGAUCUUCAUGAGAUUGAGCUGGUGUUCUUGUCAUCAUUGCGAAUGUAGGAGGGAUUCGAGAGACGAAGCAUGAUGAGAGGUGAAUUGCAUCUUUCAUUGAACGUCUUGAACAUUCACACUGCUUUCUCAAAGUGAUUUAAAGAUGCAUUUAAUUAAAAGUUUGAACCUUGAGCAUUUCCAAGAAA